AUGCUGGUGACACUGCUUAGCUUCUCGAGCCAGCAAGAGCCAUUGGCUGUGUGCUACGUGAAACCAGCGGACAACACGACGUGCCCCUCGUAUCUCUGCUACACUCUGCAGCAGUAUGCCGAGAAGCAACAAUCCGUUGCCAGUCAGUGCAGACUCGGACGCUCCAACACUGUUUACCGGUUCUUGGACGGCGGUAAACACGAGCUGUUUAAUAACAUUACGUUGAAUUUUUCCAGCUCGGAAUCAAUAUUUCUUCUUGGAAACUGGGUUGAAGGUACACACAGAGUUUCCCAUGCCGAGAUAAACUGCAAAAGCUCGGGAGGAUUUCUGUUUCAAUAUGCCAGCAACAUAGUCAUCAACAACCUGACUUUUACUGAAUGCGGCCACUGGUUUAACCAUAUCACUGUCCAGGCCACCCUGGCCUUUCACAAUGUACUAAAUGUAUCUCUUUCAGACACAAUUGUUAGAAGUGGCACUGGGUAUGGACUCUAUGCUCUAUGUGCGAUGGGCUCAGUGGAAGUGGAGUAUUCAGAGUUUUCUUUCAACAAAGGAACAGAUGAGAUUGAAGGAGGCAAUGCAGGGUUCCUCUAUGCAAAUUGCACAGAUACACCAACUCUUUUAUCGAUCAGGUAUUCACAUUUUCUGAACGGGUCUAGUAACUGUACUAACUCCUUGGCUACUGGAUUAUUCGUGUAUGUCUGGACAAAUGGAGUUAACGUAGAAAUAGACAACAUUACUGCAGUUGGUAAUAGCGGAGGGAAGCAUGCUAUUGGGGGAAAUGUGUUACUGAUCCUGAGAAACAGGACAAGAAUAAUAAACAACUGGAUAGUGGUGAAGAACAGCUAUAUAGCGGAGGGUAGGGCCUAUACAGGUGGAGGUAUGGAUAUUUCCAUCCUCACCACUCCACAGUACGACUCGCCGCCAAGAGUCUCAGAUUAUGGAGCUACAAACUGGACAAAGGCCGAAGUUUUAGCCCCAGAAGUAGUGACGGUUAUAAAUACACAGUUUGUUGGGAAUAUUGCUGGACACCAAGGUGGCGGACUCUAUCUUAUAACUCAUGAAGAUCCAGGCAUCUUCUCCCCCAUUGCCCGUGUCACUAUCCAGGAUUGUCUGUUCACUAGGAACACUCUAAAGAGUGAUUCUGGUGGCGGAGUGGCUCUUCAUCUCAAUAACCAUCCUGUUUUUGCUUAUCUCAACCACAGUAACCCACAGUUCUAUACGUCUUUGGUAAACUGUACAAUUGAAGAAAACUUCCUUGACUCGGAGACAGGCAUAGGAGACGUGGUUUUCACUGCUAGUAGUGCGGUGUUUGUGGUCCUGAAACCGUCUGGGGUGCUAAUAGAGGACAGUAGAAUCUCUAACAAUAACUGUACAGGAGUCAGUACAGUGAAGAGUGCUGUUAUGUUUGCUGGAAAGGUCACCAUUUCUGGAAACAGUGCCAUCAAUGGCGGCGGUAUCAUUCUUUGUGAUGGAGGGUUACUGCUCUUCAGGGCCUUUACCACUCUCAUCAUUGAAGACAAUAGUGCCAAGCAUGCUGGUGGUGGGAUAUAUGCCGAGGACUCUUGCCUGCAGUCUGAGCCUAUUUGUUUCUUCCAGCUUGACAUUGCCAUAUACAGAGAUGCCAGUUUGAAUGCUACGAUCCACGUGGAGAUGAUAAACAACACUGCUGUAUAUGCAGGCAGUGCUAUAUUCGGAGGCUCUGUUGUGUACUGCCUUCUCUUACCACAGCUUGAGCCCGACCUGAACAUAACAGGAGGGCAAAUGUUCGAGCAACUUUUUGAGAUUGUGCAUCCGCCAUUGGAUCUAUCUCCCGUCUCCUCCAACCCUUUCCGGGUGUGCUUCUGCAGUCAAAAUCACUCGUGGCCAGACUGUAGCAAUCGCAGUAUCAGGAGGGAGGUGUACCCCGGGGAAAAACUAAGUGUCUUUGUGUUCACUGUGGGUCAGGCCAAUGGGGUUGCAGCCCACACUGUUUCUGCCCUCCUCAAAAACAACAACUCCAAGCUCGCCGAUCAGAAUAAACUGCAAGACACCUACAAGUCCAACUGUACAAGGUUGAACUACACAGUCUUUAGUCGACAACCAUCAGAAGUGAUUUCGUUGCAGGUCAACCAGCUGUCAGGAAUCAGCAGUGAGGCCAGCAGAAGAGGCAUUGCCAAGGUUAACGUUACCCUCAAACCAUGUCCAAUAGGUUUCACUGUCACGGCUAAUCCUCCACCUAGAGGGAGACCCACCUGGAUCGGCUGCUACGCUCUCUCUCGGAACUUCUCCUUCUCUGUUACCAAUCAAACCACCGGCAUCAGUAGCAGUGAUGGCUACGGCAUCCGUUACCAGCCUCAUUGUCCCUACGAUUUCUGCAAGGACAAGUCUGUCAACAUCAGCACUGGACCGAGACUCCCUGAUUUCCAGAGCAAUGCUCAGUGUGCCUACCACCGUGCAGGGGUACUGUGCGGUGCCUGUGAGCCAGGCUACAGCCUAAUCCUUGGGAAUUCAGAGUGCAGGAGAUGCACAAGCGAAAACCUCUCACUCUUCAUAGUGUUUGCCGUAGCUGGGCUGCUACUGGUGCUUCUGAUAAUCCUCACAGAUCUCGGUGUCUCAUCUGGGUCAUUGAGCGGGCUCAUAUUCUAUGCCAACUUAGUCCAAGUCAACAGCUCUGACUUUUUUGGCAAGUAUGUCUCUGAGGACCGCAGGGUGUACUUGUGCAGCAUCUUCAUUUCCUGGCUCAACCUGGACUUUGGGAUCAAAAGAUGCUUUUACGAUGGGAUGGACGCCUAUGUUAAGACGUGGCUGCAGUUUGCUUUCCCGCUGUACGUGUGGGGCAUUGCUGGGCUCAUAAUCCUGCUGAGUCGCAGGUUUCCCAGCAGGUACAUAGCUGGCCGGAGCCCGGCAAAGUUGCUCGCCGCUCUGUUCCUCGUAUCCUAUGCCAAGCUCCUCAGAACCAUCAUACAUGCUCUCUCCUAUGUCACGCUCUUUCAGCACGCCACCGACAACCGGGAACUGGAGUCAAAGCUCCUCUGGAGGGAAGACGGGAACCUUGGGUACUUGCAGGGAAAACACAUCCCUCUCUUUGUGGUGGCGGUUGGGUUCGGACUAGUCACCCUCCCCUAUGCGCUGGUUCUUUUCUCACUACAGUGGCUGCAGAAGUGUUCUCACCUGAGGCUCUGCUCCUGGGUCGGGAGGCUGAAACCAGUCUUCGAUGCCUACACUGCCCCCUACAAGUCCCACUGCAGGUUCUGGACGGGGUGGCUCCUGCUCGUUCGCGUCGUUGUCUUCCUCACGUUUGCCUCCCCACACACCCACUCUACUCUGAGGCUCUCUCUCAUCCUAACCACUUGUGUUGUGGUCCAAACGAUUGCCUGGUCCUUCCACGGCGUGUUCAGGAGCAAGUACAACGACACCAUAAACUCUGUGUUUUUCCUAAAUCUCGGCCUUUUCGCAGCAGCUACCAGUUAUACUUACACCAACAACGGUAGCCAUCAACCUGCAGCGAUACUCACUUCAGUCAGCAUCUCCUUUGCUCUGUUUGUCUUUGUUCUGCUCUACCACACUCUCUCUCAAGCCAGAGUAACAAAGGCGUGGAGAAGACUAGAGGCUUGGAUGAAGAACAAGAGAGAGAUGCAGUAUUUACGUGGCGCAUGGAAGAGAAUGAGGCCUGAAAGAGACCCCUGUACUGGCACAACCUGUGUGAGCGUGCAGAAGAAAGAACGUGUAACGCAAACUGUUGUGGAUCUUUUUAAUGUCCAAUAUCGUGAGCCUCUCAUCAAUUCACCCACUGCUAGCUACGGAACUUCGGGUGACACAAUAAAUUGA